AUGUCACCACAAAUACUGCUUCAAUCUGCGGCUUUUGCGCCGCAGCCUUCCUCUGUUACUGUCACUGUCGGGUCCAGGGUCGAACCUUGGCUUGCACAACUAUUGAGGCGCACCAAAGACAAUGAUUCGCUUGAUAGCGUUUCUGAUCAUCAAACGUGCCUAAGUAAAGCUUUGUCGUCCCCAAACGCGAUCUGGACCCUGGCAUCUCUGAUUCGCGAACACUCAAAAUCUGAACCGAACCCCGAAUAUUUCUACCAAGUCGUCGAUAUCGAGGCAGUUAUUGUUCUUGUCGAUAUCCCAUGUGAUGAGGUCGUAUUCGAUCUGACCUCGAAAACGAUCGAGGCCCUGAUCAGCUACUAUCAGGACACCUAUUACGUUGAUGCCGAGGAGAAAGAGCAGCACAAGAGGUUGCAUGAGGAUUUUGUUCAAGCUAUCAACCGCUACGCUUUCCGCAUGCCUGCUUCUGUGCUUUAUGGGUUGGAAAAAGAUGGUACUGGCGAGCCACUUUGUGGGCAGAGUCAAAAUGUCAAAACCAAGAUUUUGAAUCUCAUGGAACGCCUGUCACCUCCGCGGUCAACAAGAGUCGAGCCCAUCCAGCAGUCGCUCUUGCUGUCUAACUGUCUAUGCUUGCAGCGGCGUGAUGAUUCAAAUGACAGACAGAACAGCGAUACGGCACCCGCGAUACCUCCCAGUACUCUGGAAGCGCACGUCAAUGGCCUGAAGGGAGAUGCAGCUGCCUUAAUCGAUAUGCGGAAUACCGCGUCUUCUGCUGUUUUAUCAUCACCCACCGUCAACAGGAGUAUUGAUUGGCAAUAUCAUUCGGAUGUAAGGCGAUCAUCAUAUGCUGGUCCAGACCAGAUAUUCCAAAGCCCUGAAAGUCUGCAGGCGCUCCCCCAAGCCAAAUUCGACCCAUUUAUGACAGCCUUUUACGGAGUCCCACCUACCUCUGCCUACCACCCGUCCUUAAGUCACCCGACUUUUGUUGCUUCAGAUUGCAGUUCUAUGCCAACUGCUAUUGCAACGUGUGAAAAUCGGUCCGAGGUUGUCGAAGAUUUCACGACACUCGUCAAUCGAUAUAAGGACCAGUGGAUCCUGGCACUGGGCGGCAUGGGCCAAACUCGGCAAGAGGCGCAAGGACUCGGCUUCAACAAGGUCCUCCUGUCCUUUGACCUGACUGCAGAGAUGAAAUACUCUGUUCCUGACAUGAGCGCGAGUGUGCAUAAUGCUGUCGGCCAGGUCAGACCUUAUGCCGAACAAGAGAAGCCUAUUGCGGCGAUGCUUAUUUUCAGUACUCCUUGCGACUGGGGCCUGGAUAUGGAGAUCAUUUUAGACCAAUGGAACUCCAAAAGUAGCGCUUCUGGUGCUUUAUCCAGGACAAGCAGUGGUUUGGGUGCUGAAAACUAUGCCAAUGACUGCUUGCCAAAAUUGUACUUUAAGCGUCGUGACAUUGCCAGCUCGAUGGAAAUCUAUAGGCAGGGCUUGGGAACUGCCGCAUUCCGGUCUGCGUUGCAAGGCGUUUGUUCACAAGGAGAGAGCCUUUAG